GCGGGGCGCGGGCGGCCCGGGAGGCGGCGCUCGGGCCGGGACGCGCGGGCCGGGCAUGGCGUCGAUGGCGGCGGCGAUCGCGGCCUCGCGCUCGGCCGUCAUGAGCGGGAACCGGCCGCUGGACGACCGGGAGCGGAAGCGCUUCACCUACUUCUCGUCGUUGAGCCCCAUGGCUAGGAAGAUCAUGCAAGACAAGGAGAAGAUCAGGGAGAAGUACGGGCCCGAGUGGGCGCGGCUGCCGCCCGCGCAGCAGGACGAAAUCAUCGACCGCUGCCUGGUGGGGCCGCGCUCCCCGCCGGCUGCCGACGCGGGGGACCUGGGGGACCCGGCGCGCUUCCCUGGCCUGCGCGGGCCCACGGGUCAGAAGCUGGUGCGCUUCGGCGACGAGGACAUAACUUGGCAAGAUGAGCACUCGGCCCCAUUUUCCUGGGAAACAAGGAGUCAGAUGGAGUUCAGCAUCUCCUCCUUAUCCAUCCAGGAGCCCAGCACAGCCACCGUGACCAGUGAUCCCAGGCCCCUGGCCAAGGCUCCUCAGGGCACACAGGCUGCCAAGCCUGCCCAGAACAGCAGAUCCUCUAGCCUGGAUGCUCUAGGGCCUUCGAGGAAAGAGGAGGAAGCGUCUUUCUGGAAGAUCAACGCUGAACGCUCUAGGGAGGGGCCUGAGGCCGAGUUCCAAUCUCUGACACCCAGCCAGAUCAAGUCCAUGGAGAAGGGAGAAAAAGUCAUGCCCGCUUGCUACCGCCAGGAACCCAUCACAAAAGACAGGGAGGUCAAGGCUCUGCCCCAAGAACAGCAAACUCUCUCCAGUGUAAGCACAGCACAAGAGGUGCCCCAGCCUGUGCAAGCCCCUGCCAGCUUGCUGCCCAAGGCUACCCCCACUGAGUCCCCAGAGAAGCCGCCACCUUCCACUGCCCAGCAGGACGACGAAGACGAUGCUCUGUUCUCAGAGCCUGUGUUUGCGCAGAUCGGCUCAAGUAACACCCUCCUAAAGACGGGCUUUGAUUUUCUGGACAACUGGUAGACGGUGCUACCCGGACACACAGCCAAGAGCCCCCGUGUGGCCCACGUGGUGUUCGGAGGAGAAGGCAGCUCUGCCUGUGUAUUUUCCUGUUUCCUUUGCCCUUUUCUUAGUCUUUCAGGAACUAGGAAAUGUUGCCAGGUUUUCCUUCUCUCUCUCUCUCUCUCUCUCUCUCUCUCUCUCUCUCUCUCUUCCUUCCUUCCUUCCUUUCUCUUUUUGGUAAAACCAAAUAUGCUAUUUUCAAGGAUUUGAUAACAAGUUUUACACUUGGGAUUUUUAAAGACAAGAAUCCAGUAAGCCUUGUAAAUAAAACUUCUGUCCCGGACUCCACCCCACUUCUUCCACCAAGGAGGUUCUCGGACCAAGUCACCAAGGGCCGUGCAGGCGACCAUCUCUUUGCGCCCUCCCCAUUCCUUUUCACUGGGGGCUCCCUGGGUGGAGCUGGGCUGUUGACUGUCGCUGUGGAAAAUUCAUCCUUAAAAAUGGGCUCACCUGGAACCCUCCCUUUGCUGAACCACAUCUGGCAUUCUGUGCCCUUCCCCACCCCUGCUUCUAGGAAACAGACUGCUGGCAGGUGGUGGCAGAUGCCCGCUAAGCUGCCUGGUGACUUACUCGGAGCUCUGGUUGUUUGAAAGCCCCUGCCUGCUGGCAGGUUUUUUUUUAUCAGCGUCUCGCUGUUUUGUAUGUGGCUGCAGCAGCUUCCUUGGUCUGUGGAUUUUCUUCUGAAGAUGCUGUAAGUGUCCUGCCAGUGUCCCAGUCCUGUCCUCUCCAGCAGUCAGGGCCGUGGCAGCGGUGCUGGAGAGCAGGGCGCUUCUGAUUCACUGUGUUAGAACCUUCCAGCAUGAGAUUGGAAGGCUUGGCUGUUCUUUACACCGGUUUGGUCAGCUGUAUUGUGAAGGCCUCUCCCCAAGACCUGACCACCUUCAAAUGAAAGAGGCCUUCCUGAUGGUUCCAGAAACUUCCCCUUGCAGCCUUGAGAGCUCACAGCAGCAAGGCUGGGUGAGGAACAUGAGCCUCACCCAGAUCUGCUCCCUGUCCUCCCCGCUGCCCUGCCACGGCCCCUGGACCACUGCAGGAGGCGCCAGGCAGAUCUGUGAGCUCUGGGUGGCACGGUCUACCCUUUGCCAUCACUCCGUUCUCUUCACCUGAAGCCUUAAUCUCAAUGAGCCCCCUCCUCCGAGCACCUGGUUUCAGUACUGAAAGGUGUGACCUUAAUGCCCACAUCACAGGACUUUCUGAACUAGCUCCUGGAAUAUCUGUUAGACCCUGCUUACCAAGGCAGAGCGCACACAGCAACUGUCCCACCCUUGUCUUUUCCCCUGGGAAAACAUGCCAAAGCUGUACUUAGCCAAUAUUGAUGCGAUACCUGCCAAUUAGUUUCUGUCCUGAGCCUCCCUUGGUCCCUAGGGUGUGGCUUUGCCUUCCUCUGGUGGCUUUUGACCAGUUAUCAUCCCGCACUGUGGUAGAGCAGUGAUGGCAGAAGAGGAGAACGGCGUCGGGCACAACGAGGACGGAAAUAACUCGCAAGCCCACGCUGGCCCUGGCUCUUUAGGGGGUCCAGCAUGGCUACCAUGUGCCUCCCUGCCUCCCUCCCCAGUGCUGUGGUUGAUUUCACGUCUGUGCACGUUCUCCUUCCGUGUAGGUCUAUGGUCCAUGGCAAGGGCACAGCAGGAAGGCCCUUGACCAGCGUGACAUGUCUCUUCUCUCUCUGUGCAGACAUUUUCCCUUCUUCCCACGUUCUCCUGAUUCCCUUCUAGCUUCUCUAGUGAAAACACAGAGAAGGCUGCGUGUAGGCACAAUGGUGUUUCUCAAGGAGGCCUCCCGAGAGCAGUUGGGAAGCUGGGCGGUGGUGGUGCUGCACACCUUUAAUCCCAGCACUUGGGAGGCAGAAGCAGGUGGAUCUCUAUGAGUUCGAGGCCAGCCUGGUCUACAGAGUGAGUGUUAGGACAGGCUCCAAAGCUACACAGAGAAACCCUGUCUUGAAAAGCCAAAAGCAAAAAAGCAAACAAACAGAACAGGUGGGAAGUCCCAGAUAGGGGGUCCAGGAGGGAUCCUAAAGGACCCACCUGACCUGGGCAUUGUCCUUGUGCCUGGGCAGACCAAGCUGGCUUCUUGGUCUCCCCCAGGGACUAUGUGACAGUGGCCAGGAGAUUAACCAGGUAUUUUCCACCUUCUCUUCCUCCGCCGUCAGGAUGGUACACACCCAUCACUUCCCUCUAAAGCAGUUCUUCCUCUCACGCCUGUGUAUGAUUUUGAUCACCACCACACACCCAGGCUCAACGCCUGGGAGGCAGCUCCAGGGCUCUGUGUCUUGCUCUUGGUAGCCAUAUUUGACAAAAGCUCUCAGAAACCUAGACUCUGCCUGUUUGGGUUGUCCCUGAGUCCCCGGGCCUCCUGGCCAGGUGCAUCCCUCAUGCCAGGGCCAGGAGUGGCCUUCUAUUCUUUACACCGCCCUCUCCUUUGAUACAUAUUUUCAAAAUGGCAGAUUCUUAAUGACAACUUGUAACUUUGUUCUAUUUUAUACUACUAGCCUUUAAUAAAGCCAUUUUAAAAAUGA